UCAACCGAACAUCCGCAGCAGCAGCGUCGCGACGCGCGUCUCGAUUAGUUUGAGCUAAAUUGUCCGUUGACAAAGAGCUGCUUCUUCGUGUUUUCGAUGAAUUUCUAAUCGAGCGUGAUAUCAGAACAAAUAGAGAGUUCGAUUUGGGAAUCAUUUUGGGGAAAUAGGACAAAAUUAAGUGGAGUUUCAAACGGAAAUUCAAAUAAGUAAUAAAAAAAAGAGGAAAACUUACACGACAAAGUGUGGCGUUAAAUAAUUAAAACAAAAUUGUGAAAGUUUUAUCGCUCCGGAAAGUCUCCGAUGUGACAUAACCUCAGAAUUAAAAUGUUUGGACGACCACGGAAGUUUGGGGCACUUUUGGCCCUUCUGGUUCUGCUCAACUUUGGCUUCCACUGGGACAUGGCGGUGGGGAGUCAAGACCACAACAUGGUUGACGUCGAGGUGGACGACGUGAGUGAGGCGGUUCGGUUGCGGGCUUGCUACGUGGAGGAUUUGCGGAACAUUCGGGAGUAUAACCAGAACCCGUUGAGUGUGUACAUCGAUCAUUGCUAUUUGAAGGAGUUGCCGAAUGCGAUUUUCAUUAGAUUUACGGAUUUGCAAGUGUUGGAGAUUUGUGAUAGUCGACUGGAUAACUUGCAAGAUUUUGCUUUGAAUGGAUUGCGGAAUCUUGAGGUGUUGAACUUCUCCAGGAAUAAUCUCACAGGUGUCAAGUCUUGGAGUGAUCAUGAUUUAGAACAUCUGCAUACGUUGGAUUUACGACGAAAUCUCAUUAAAGCAAUCAACGAGCACUCACUAGAUCGCUAUCCAAACCUCACAAAACUGAUUUUGACGGGGAAUCUUAUCUCGCACAUCCCAGAAGGUACCUUCAAGGUAGUCCCGAAUCUCAAACAUCUGAAUCUGGGUCGUAACCUACUGACCUCAAUCGAGGAAGGCACCCUAAAAGGACUCAGCAAGCUCAGCCAAGCGGCCUUCCACCACAACCAGAUAAGCUACGUAGACUUCUUUGCCUUCAUCGGGAACAGUCAUCUCAAGUCCCUGCAACUGCAAGGAAACCAGAUUACAGUCUUCGAAGCGGAUUUGCUCUCGAAUCUCCCCCGGCUAAUGUUCUUCAACAUCAGCUACAACCAGCUGGAGAACAUCGCCGACCAUAGCUUCAAGCGAAACGCCGACCUUCGAGUGCUAGACCUGAGCUUCAACAAGAUCGAGAACUUCCACGAGGACAGCUUUAAAGGCUUAGCUAGUUUAGAGGUCUUCAACGCAAGCAACAAUCACCUGGCUGAGCUGAACAAAUACAUGUUCAAGGACUUUUCCGCCCUGCGUCUGUUGGAUCUGUCUGCGAACCGGCUGACGUACGUCGAGAACAAGCUGUUUGAGUACUCUCCUCGGAUGGAGUACCUGAACCUGUCCCGCAAUGCCAUCGCCGAAAUUGAGCACAACAUCUUCGAGGACUUCCGCAAGUUAAGAAUUCUAGACCUAUCGCACAACCGGCUAGUCGAAGACGCCUUCCUAUGGCCGAUCAUCAACCUGCACCAGCUCAACAUGAGUCACAACAGUUUCGCCCGGAUCAACACCUCACUGCUCGAAGGUAUCGAGCAGGUCGACCUCUUCCACAACCCCUGGAGUUGUCAAUUCCUCGUACUCGAACUCAUGAAGCAGACCAAAAACGUCCGCUACGGCAAGAACUACGUCGUCCAAACCAAGGACAACAUCCUCAACACCCAAGGCAUCGAAUGCACCGACGAACGGGGCAAACUCCGGGACAUCGUCGUCGUGGAAACCCCAGCCAAAGCCGAGUACAGCUCCUCCGAGUUCCACCGCUACAAACUGCUCCACGAAGCCCAAACCCCCGACACCCGCCCCAUCCAGGACAACUUCGACACCAAGUCCACCAUCCUGUGGCUCAUGUCCGGUGCGUUCAUCGUGUUCGGCGCCUUCAAGCUCAUCCAGCUGAUCCUGCACCACUCGGAGCACCAGAGCGAAAAAUGGCGCCUCGCCCAGCACGUGAGUAUCCACAACGACGGCGAGGUGGUCCUGGGACCGCCCAGCUCCUGUCACCAGCAUCCACCGCCAUCGUGCUCCUCCGGAGGCUUCCUGUUUCCCCCGGUUCAUCCGUCCAGCAAGCGCCAGUUUACCCCGACGAUAAGCUAAUUGCCUCCACCCCCGCCACGUGUGUGUUUGUAUAAAUGUAUGUAUGUUGGCGCAGCCUGUUUAAUAUUAACGUUGUUCCCGUUCCUGUUCCGCGUCGUACUGAACUCUGUUUUUUAAUGUUAUUUAUUUAAACUUUAGAUAAAACUUGUUUGUGCCCCCCGAAUUUUUAUUUCUUUGAGUCUGCUCGUUCCUCGUCU